AUGACCGUGAUCGCCAAGUCUGCGUUGGCCGCCCUUGUGGUGGCUAUGACUUCGUCAGUGGAAGCCGCCAAGCUCAAGAACGUGGUGUACUACAUGGAAUGGGCCAUCUACCAGCGCAACUUUGGCAUCUUCGACUUGGACUGGGACAAGAUCACCCACAUCAACUACGCGUUCGGCAAGCCCAACCCCGACGGCACGGUGGGGAUCUACGACGGGUGGGCCGCGGUGCAAAAGCGGUGGCCGGAGCAUGGCGACUCGUGGAACGACCAAGGCAACAGCUUGUACGGCAACUUUGGCCAAGGGUUCAAGCAAAAGCAAAAGGCUCGCGGCACCAAGUUCGGUCUGUCCAUUGGCGGGUGGACGUUGAGCGACCAGUUCAGCUCCAUCGCGAGCACGGAAACAGGCCGCCGCACGUUUGCCAAGAGCUCGGUUAACUCUAUGCUUGAGCGCUUGCACGUGCAAAGUGUCUCUGACGAGCUGUACCAGGACGAGAGUCAUGACGACUACGGCGAAGUCGCCGCCGAGGAGAACGACACGCUGACCUACAGCAAUCCGGUGAUUGAUAUGGUCAUCGAGGACAGCGGCGUCGAGGGGUUCCGUUCGCCCACCAACUUCACUGCCGACGAGUUCGAGACGAUCUGGAGUGUCGACGAGUUAUCUCCUUAA